AUGGCUACGAACAACACCGGUACUGGGCCACCACCGCCCAUCGACGCCGAGAAGGCGUCCAUCGCCUACGCCGAGAGCAUCGACGAGAAGAAGCCCGACACCAGCGGCCUGGCCGCCCACGAGGUCCCCAUCGUCGAAUACACCCCGGCCGAAGAACGCGCUGUCGUGCGCAAGCUCGACUUUGUCAUCGUGACCUUUGGCAUGUUGAUCUACCUCUCUGCGUACCUCGACCGCGGGAAUUUGGGCAACGCGCGGUUGAUGGGCCUGCAGGAAGAGGCACUUGGCGGCAGUGACAAGGCGUUCAGCAUCGCGCUGGCCUGCUUCUUCAUCACGUACACCACCUGGGGCGUGCCGGGUACCAUGGCCGCCAAGUGGAUGCUACCGUCGCGCUCUCUGGCCACUGGUUGCGCGCUGUGGUCCAUCGGCGCCACUCUCAUGGCCGCGUGCUCGUCCCCUGGGCCUAUUUACUUCCUCCGUUUGAUGAUCGGCGUUGGCGAGGCAAUGUUCGGCCAGGCGCUCCCUCUCCUGUGUACGUUCUGGUAUACCAAACGCGAGAUGGCCGUCCGCAUGGGCGUGUUCAUUUCGGCUGGUUCCCUCGCUGGAGCAUUCGGUGGUCUCAUUGCCUGGGGCGUAAACUCGAUGCACAAUGCCAAGAUUUCGCAGUGGCGGGUCUUGUUCCUCAUUGAGGGCCUCCCGGGCCUCAUUCUCGCCGUGGCACUAUGGUUCUUAAUGCCCACGUACCCCGAGGACAAGCAGUGGUUCUUGUCGCAGCGCGAGUCGGACAUCUGCCUCGCGCGAAAGGCGAAGGAAUCGGGCAAUGAGGGCAACCGCGGUAUCGACAAGCGCGCCGUCAAACGCGCUUUCACCGACUGGAAGGUCUACGCGAUGCCCAUAAUCUAUUUCGCGUUCAACGUGAAUGCUUCCAGUGUGAGCGGUUUCCUUCCGACAAUUGUGAAAAAUCUCGGGAAGACCGCGGCUACAGCUCAACUCUUCACGGUGCCGCCGUACGCUGUGGCCUUGGUGACCACGGUGAUUGUGGCGCACGUUUCCGACCACCUUCAGUCAAGAGGAUUCUUCCUUGCGGGGUCGUAUGUCCUCGGCGCAGUCGGCUGGAUUCUCCUUCGUGUGCUCGACGCGGCGUCGAAGGACAAGGCCAUCCUGUCGGGUCGGUACUUUGGCUGUAUCCUGCUGGUAUCAGCAGCCUACAUUGUCAUCCCGCUCCAUCUGUCGUGGGCAGCGUCCAACAACCCGUCGCAGACGCAGCGUGCCGUAGCCAUGGGCAUGCUCAACCUCAUCGGGCAGCAGGGGUCGAUCCUUGGUUCGUUCAGCUUUCCCUCGGCCCACGCACCGCACUACUACCGCGGCGUGUAUGUCAACCUCGGCAUGCAGUGCUUCGGCGCGCUGGGAAGCGUGCUCUUGAGCCUGUGGUUCCGGUGGGAGAACAAGCGGAGGGACGAGGUGGAAGGGAAGCCGGACCCAGAGGCGAGGUUGAACGUGCUGGAGGACUUUGACAGGGCUGUGGGGUUCAGUGCGCCCGGCACCCUCCACACCAACGAUGACGCGCAUAUCUUUGGCCACCCAACCACCCUGUCAACUCAACAUCACACCAUGCCCCUCGGGCCCUACCUUUCCUCCUCGGCGUCCUCGCGCGCGCACCACGCGCUGCUGGUAAAGCUCGACAAGGCCGCGUCGGCGCAGGCCGAGGAUGCGGCUGUUGGCGAUGAGGUCGAGCGGUGUCGUGUGCUCUUGGGGGGCGGAGUGAGCCAGUCAAAGGUCGCCGAUACCCUCAUCAUCCUGCUACACUGCGCGACAAUCUCCCACACCCCGCUCGACCUCGACUUUGCGCUCGUCCACGCGCUGCAUCUCGCCGAGGGGGGCAAGUCGAUGCGGGAGAGGCGGUUGGGUUACCUCUACCUCUCCGAGCGCCUCCCACCAGGGCAUGAACUGCACCUUCUCCUCGUCAACACCAUCCGCAAGGACCUGGCAUCAGACAACGUUGCCCACGUCCUCGCCGCUCUGCACGCGAUAGCACACCUCCCCGGACCGGACCUCGCGCCGGCCGUUGUUCCCCUGCUCACGUCGAAGCGGCUGCUAGAGCACGAAGUCCCGUCUGUCCGCCAGCGCACACUGCAGGCUUUGUCGGCGCUCGUGGCCGGCGCUCCGUUGUCCCUGCGUGAUUUGGCGAGGAGAAUACGGCACGAGGACGACGCGCCGGUGCUCGCGACGGUUCUGAAGGCGUUUGCGCAUGCGUUGGAUGCUGGGUCACGCGAGGAGGAUCCUGCCCGCAGGAGAAAGCAGUUCGACUCGGUGUUCAGUGCUUCUGCACGCCAUCUCAGCGCCGGCGAGCAGGUAUCGAUCGUGCUGGCUAUCACCAAGGUGCUCACGGCGAUUGUUCGUACUCUGCCCCGGCGCGAGGUGGCGGAUCUGGAGGAAAAGGCGCCAGACCCGCUCGUCGCCCAUGUCCUCGGGCAGGUCGAGGCGCUCCUCGCCGAGAUUGUGGACAGGAUAACGGCCAAACCAAGUGGUGCCAAGGCGUACCUCUACGACGUCGCAAUCCUCGCAGUCGCGACGUACGAAGUCGAGGGCAUCAUCAGCGGCCCAGUGGACCAGCUGCUAGAGUAUCUCCGCUCGCUCCUCGUCCCGCCAGUAGAGAAGGGCAAGGGCAAGGCUCCGCGCUCGCACUCGUCGUCGCAUUCACGCUCCAACUCGCGGUCCCUGUCGCGGACGUCGAGCCAGCAGUCGGUCCCGACGAGACCAGCCGAGUCGCCCAACGACCGUAUCGUCGCCUUGCGAUGCUUUGGGGUGCUCCCGCCGUCUGUUUGGCAGUCGGGCUUGGAGGAGAAGCACAUGGCGGCGCUGAUGGGCGGGGUGGACAGCUACGACUCGACUGUGCGGCAGGAGACCCUGCGACUGCUCUGCCGCGCCGACCGCAACCUGCCUACGCUGACGCUCGAGUCGCAUCUCGAGGCGAUACGUACCGGCAAGGGCGUGCCGCUACCCGUUGACCUACCGUCCAGUGCUACGCGGUCGCAGGCCCUGGCAGAAGGACGGGCCGAGGCGGCCGGUCGCGCACUCGAGGCUGUACAGAUCAUCGGCGAGGGGCUGGACGAUACGGCGCGCGGGACGCAGUUCGCCGAAGGCGUCGCCAAGAUCACCAAGGCGCUGCGUACCGGCGGCGACAAUGCCAUCUGGCUCAAGGGGGUACAGAGUGUUCUGGCGACACUUCAUGCCAGCCACACGGACUUCCGCAAGGCCUUCAUCUUAGCAACGAGCGCCGAGCUCGCCCGCGACCCAGAGGACGUGACGGCCGCGCUGCUGCUAACCACCGCGGCCUGCGAGUACCCGAUCCCCGAGCCGCUGGGCACGAUUCAGGCGAUUGUCGAGGCGCUGCCGAGCGCCCCUGCGUCAGUGCAGGAGUUGUCCGCGAUCGCGCUCGUGCCCCUGCUCGCGUCGGCGCCGACGGCAGAGCAGCGCGAGGUGCUCGUGCCUGCCAUCCUUGCUGGCCUCGAGACGCUCAAGGCGAGCGAGGUGAAGCACAUCGCUAAACGGGGACAGCAGGUCGCUGUGAUCGUGGAGCGGGACCUCGUCGACAAGGUCGUGUUCGCGUCCAAGUCGCGCUCGCUGAAUGACGUCCUCGAUGCCAUUCUGGUGCUGUACACUGACGCGACGCGCCCUGUGCAGUUGCCGUCGCCCCACGACGACGAGGAGGUGCACUGGGGCCGGCUGCAGUCGGCGAGUGUUGCCGACAGCAGGCUGCGAUACGACGCGUACCCCGACCAGCAGCAACCUCGCGGGCGGUCGCGCCGCUCCCCGCGCCUCUCGCACGACCGCGGUGCCGAGCUGCACCGUAACAGCAGCGAGUGGCGCGCCAUGGGCCGCAGCACGCUCGUCGAGGCCGACGACGAGGACCGAGACGGGUCGCUCGCCCUCGACGACCUUAGCAUUUCGCGACAACAGCGCGGCGGCGUGGCCACGCCGACGGACCGCACGCCGCGCCUCCGCCCGCUCGACAGCGAGUUUUAG